AGUCGCUCGGCAGACCUCGAGACGGACGGAGCGCGCCUUCCUCUCCUCUCACUUCACUUUUCUACUCUUCUCUUCUCUCUGCCUCGCCUGCAGCGCAGCCGAGCGAUACGCCGAGUAUAGAGCAGCAGCAGCAGCAGCAGCAGCAGCAGCAGCAAGGGGAGAAGGAGAGCAAUAACGCGAGUGUGUGCCACUGCGACGAGCGGACUUGCGUCGGACUCCUGCUGUAUAACUUAACCCGCGGCGCAGUGCUCUGUGUGCAGCGGAUCUCUCUCUCUCUUCCUCUCUCUGGAUUUUCCGUAGCCGCGUUCUUGUGUGCGUGCGCGCUGCUACGUAUACGACUGUUCGAGAUAAGGUGCAAUUGCGCGAGGCUCACGUGCUCUAGGCGCCUCGCCCGCAAGAGUGGGAGAGAGGGACAGCAUCUCUCUCUCUCUCUGCGCCUCAGCUGACACUUGUUUUUCCGCCGCAGCAGCCGCGCAGCGCUAUCGCCGUCGAUGUGCGGGUGUCGCUGUGACCGAUGAACUCUGGGGACGCGCAGCGGCAGCGUUGCUGAGGAGCGCCGAUCAAGUUCAAAGAAACAGCGGCAGCAGCUCGUUCCACGCAGAGCCCAAGGAGCAGCGCCGAGAGCAGCCUGGAGAUUAACUAAAUUAAUGAAAUUGCUGCCCAACAUCCAGCUGCCGCAGCUUCCGCCGGUCUCCGGGGCCAGCAGCGGCAUGACGGGCAUGGACUCGCGCCUGCCCCCGGGCAUCUCGCUGCCCUUCAGCCCGACCGACCUGCUCUGGCGCUACGGGCCCGCCAUGAGCUUCUCGCCCACGGCCCACCCGCCGCCCAGUCCCCUGCUCGACUUCAAGACCCACCUGCCCACGAGUCUCGCCUCCGACCCGCGACUCUGGUCGCGCGAGGACGUGGCCGCCUUCCUGCGCUGGGCCGAGCGCGAGUUCGACCUGCCGCAGUUCGACAUGGACAUGUUCCAGAUGAACGGCAAGGCGCUCUGCCUGCUGACCAAGGCCGACCUCGGCGAGCGCUGCCCCGGCGCCGGCGACGUGCUCCACAACGUCCUGGGCAUGCUGGCCCGCGACUUCAACCAGCUGCAGCGCUGCCUGCCCGGCUCGCCCGUCACGCCGACCCGGCCCUCGGCCGCCACCGCCUACCCGCUCAGCCCGCACUCGCACCCGCCGACGCCCACCUGGGCCGACAGCCCCUACGCGGCCAACCUCGCCUCGCUCAUGUCGGCCAACUCGGUCACGCUCUCGCCGGCGCCCUCGCUCGACAGCCAGGCCGGCUCGCCCGGCCACGCGAGCAGCGCCGACGGCAGCGGCCACCAGGCCGGACACCCCUACAAGAGCGACUCCGACGAGGACAACCAGCAGCUCGGCAGCGCCAGCCCGCCCGCCACGCCCACGGCCCUCGCGGCCCAGCGGCUCAGCGAGGUCUGCGUCAAGGACCAGCCCAGCCCCACGCUGCCGCCCCAGAUGAUGCCCCUGACGCCCGGCGCCUUCAGGCCCGCCAGCGCCAGCAGCGCCAGCAGCGCCAGCAGCGCCGCCCGCGAGUUCUUCCCGAGCGACUCGCCCGAGCCCAACACCAACGGCAGGCUGCUCUGGGACUUCCUGCAGCAGCUGCUCAACGACCCGUCGCAGCGCUACACGCACUACAUCGCCUGGAAGAGCAGGGAGACCGGCGUCUUCAAGAUCGUCGACCCGCCCGGCCUCGCCCGGCUCUGGGGCAUCCAGAAGAACCACCUCUCGAUGAACUACGACAAGAUGAGCCGCGCUCUGCGCUACUACUACCGCGUCAACAUCCUGCGGAAGGUCCAGGGCGAGCGCCACUGCUACCAGUUCCUGCGCAACCCCACGGAGCUCAAGAACAUCAAGAACAUCUCGCUCUUACGCCAGCAGAUGCGGAUCAAGUCCGAGCCCGAGGAGGAGGGCUCGCUCUCCGGCGGCAGCAUGGAGCCCGAGAUGGACAUGCCCACGGAUCUCUCGAUGUCGAGCAUGAACCCGCCCUCGAGUCCGCACCAGCAGCACCAGAUGCAGCAGCAGCAGCACCACCACCACCAACCGCCGCCGCCGCCGUCGCCGCACCCCCAGCCUCUCUCGCUGCACGACCCCCCGGCCAAGUACAGGAGUCACGCGUACAGCCUCGUCAAGCAGGAGCAGCAGCAGCAGCAGCAGCAGCAGCAGCAGCAGCAACACUCGGAGGACAGGAAGUGACGCGACGUCUGAUACUCGUCGCCUGCAGCGAUCCGGAAUCCAGAGCCGAGCGAGGAAACCGCUCGAGCCUCCCACGUGUGAUCAUCGCGAUAUGUUGAAAACGAAGCGGGGAGAAGAAUUUAGAGAGAAAGACAGCGCCGAGUUCUGUUCCGUUUCUUUGUUUGCUUAUACCUUUGUUGUGGAUUUUCGUGUUUACGAGACAGACCGAAAGAGAGGGGGAGACUCUUCCUCGGAGAGGAGUACCAAAGUGCAAUGGACUCGUUUUCCCGAGAAUCACGAUUUCUUCCGUAUUUAAGUACAACAGCGUUAUAUAUGUUAUAACUCAUCACAAGAAUAUAGCUAUACAUGCAAAUAUAUACACACACCUUCGUGCGAGACGAGACUGGAAGACUACACUGCCGCUGCCGACGCCACACGUCUUCUACGGGGAAGCUCCAAAAGCUGUUCCUCCCACGCCUCCGCAGCGACAGCCCGCCAUCCUUGGAUUUGAAUACAUCCACGCGUCGAAGACACACGCAUCUAGAUGAUAUAUACUCUUCGUUACAACGAACCUCGAGUCAAGAUUAUACACGUUAAAAACGCGCAACUCUGCGCUCGACGACACAUGGUUCUUUUUUGUUCUUCGGAGAGAGUUGAGACUUUGGUUUAACUUUUUCUUACUUACGAUUUUCUUUAUUUUUUACCUCCUAUUACUGCUACUACUUCUUCUACAUUACAUUUUUUUGUUGACAUACUCGUAAUAACUGCGAUGCCACGAUAUGUUAUUAGAGAGAUUCAGCCAUUGUUCGCGUUCGCGACGUUAUAAAUUAUUAAUCACUGUGAAAUCGGUUCGACGAUUUGCCUACGCGCAUUUCGCAAAUGCACGAGAGUGACAGAGAGAGAGAGAGAGAGAGAGAGAGAGAACGUUUGCGUGAACAGUAAGACUGUAUGGAUGUGCGUGUAAAUGGCGAUAUUGAAGUAGAGUUUACUGUUAUGAAUGACGCGAGAAAAAAAACGUUAUAAAAAAUCAUCCGUGUGCCAAGAACAAUAAUUUGUUGCUAUGUAACCUACGUAUAAUGACGAGUAGGAGAAAUGUGUGGAAUCGCUAGCUGUACGGUCUUCGAUCAAUGGUGCGGAUUUUUAACGGUCGAGACACACCACGUGCGUGUUGUAAUUGUAAUCGAUUAUACUCUAGUAAGUGCAUAAGUUUGUAAAUAAGUUGCUUGCUAUAAAGCAAAUUAAAGAAAUGAGCGAAAAAGUAUAUCUACCGUGUGGAAAAAACAUAGAAGGAAUUUAUGGAAAUUUGGGGCCAGAGUUAUAUACAUGAAUUUAUACAUAAAAAAGUAUAGAUAUAUAUAUAUAGAUAUACAUAAAUACAUGAUAUAUUUUACUACCAAAAUUUAUAUUCGAAAUUUCUACGUCGUUGCUGGGUGUGUGAUUUACAUUCCACGACCAGGCUUGCACUGGCUCGACCAACUACUUCGGUGCAGAAAAUUUAUAGAUGACGCGUGCUAGUGGCAAUCCAGAGUAAUACAUUUCGAAUGUAAUUGUGUAUUGUAUUUUUUCACGAAUCCUUACUGAUUUUCGCGAGAAAACUACUUAUAAAGUUCAACUGUGAAAGUUUGUACAAAGGAAGCAAUUCCUUUAAUAAGCAUGUAAAAGAGGUCUGCGAAAUUCCGUUGUCAUAGAAAAUUUCUCAAGACUAAAAACGUUGAAUUCUUCCAAUGCUGAAGAUCAACACACUUUAGGGAAAAGAUUAUGAAAUAAUGAAAUUAUUUUUUUUACUCAACGGAAAAUUUGUUGCUAUAAGUAUGUGAUAAAAAAUAUCUUUUAUUUUUAUUUACUCAUGCUGAUAAGUUUUCUAUGCCAACUGAUAGGAAAUUCUUAUUAAAGAACCUCGAGUGAUUACCGUAGAUUUGAAAUUUGUAUCUGGCUACUUGUAUACUGUGAUCUCUGUAAGGUUUAAAGGAGCGAAUAUGUAUAUAAUUAAAUUGAAAGAUUAAGGAUGUUAAUUGAGAAGACAAAUGUAUACCCUUUCUAGAGAAGAUUAAUUAUCAAUAUUAAGAGUAUACAUGUAUUCGUAUGUGUAAUAUACAUACAUACAUGUAUUUAUAUAUACAUUACAUUUAGUUUUUGUUUACAAAGUGUAAAUAAUUUAUACUCGAAAAUUGGUGUACAAGAAGAAAAAGCACCACUGGCAUAUAUUAUAGAUCUUAGGGAUGAUAAAAACGACCCCGGCGCGGUAAAACAUGGUGAAAAGAGUUUAUAUUGCGUAAAAAUAAGUGAGAGAUAAAACUUGUAUAAAAAUUAUAACGUCUGUAAAAUUUUAGAUUUAGAAUCAUUUUAUUAUAUUAUAUAAAUUGUUACUGAAAAAUGAUAGAUACGAAUGUUGUAAAUAUAGACCUAUUUACUUAUUAAGAAGGAA